GAUUCUAAGUCAAACUUGGCAAUCUUUGAAGAUGCUUUAUAUGAUGAUGAAAAUAGACCAAAUGAACUAUCAGAAUCUUUAAAAUUGAUCCCUGAACUUACCUUCACCAGCUGGAACGAAUUUAAGAAUUGGAUUAAUAGAUUUGCAUUAAAAGAAGGUUUUGAUUAUAAAAUUAUAACAAGCAAAAAGAUUCAAGGUGUAAUACGAAAGGUUGUUUACGAAUGUACCAAGUCUGGCUCACAUAUUUCACAG